AGGGAGGGAGGCUAGGAGGGAGGGCGGUAGUUACAAAUGCCCAAUCUAACUCACUAAACCUCUGACCAUGCUUUUAGAGAAAUGUCAGAUCUGCUCUGUGGAGGAGAGAAGUAUUAAACAGAGGUAAACAGCAGCUUAAGGUAAAACUCCUUAGGCACAGAUCUAGGAUCAACUCUGAUAUCUAACAAAAACUGACCUCAGAUCAGUGUCUAGAAGCAAUGUCUUCCUACUUUGAGAUCUCAUCUGUCUCAGCAUCUUUCUCUGGAUUACUGGACAACUAUAACUAACCCUGGGUUUGCCGGUGUUAACCCUUAGACAACUAUUACUAACCUUGGGUUCGUUGGUGUUAACCCCUGGACAACUCUAACUAACCCUGGGUUCGCUGGUGUUAACCCCUGGACAGCAUGGCUACUGUGGGAAAGAGAUGAUGAUUGACUAUGAGUGUCCCUCUCCAUUAGCCUGUGUGCCGGCUGGGAGGAGUGUGUGUGAGAGUGUGUUAGCACCACACACACACACACACGCAGCACACACACACACUCUAACGGCCAUGCCCCAGAGAUACUCCUACCAGAAGAGGAAAGCCAGCACGGCAGCAGCUCGGAGGAUGGAGAGGCGAGGCAGGGACACUGGGAAGACCAACAACACCAACACUAGCCACAGCCACCGCUCCAAGAAGCUAGCCAUGCUCUCCAGGUCCCUGAUCCUCUGUCACUCCAGAGCCAGUGAUGACUGCCCCAGCCCCGAAGAGAGCCCGCCAGGGGAGGCCUGGAAGGGAGACGGGGGCUUGGGGAGAGAUGGGAAGGGGAACAGGGAGGUGGAGAGGUCCCAGAAGAAGAUCCAGGAAGGACCCCAGGAGAGUGGAGGAACUAUGCAGGCAUCUACACAGCCACCCGUAGGGGCCACCAACACACUCAGGGCUACAGGAGAACACAAGAGGAAUAUGAGGAGGUCCUUCAGUAUCAAGGAGAGCAGUAUCUGGAGGAUGUGUGUAACGACGGGGGCGGGUGAGGAGGGUCUGGGCCGACAGACUGGCGAUAGCAGCCCCCAGACGGAGGACAAAGAACCCAGUGUGGAGCGAGGGAGGAAGGGAGGAGGGGAUGGACACAGUUACCUUCAGAGUACAGACAAGCCUGCACCUUUUAACGGACAGUGUCUGAACGGCCAUGCCAGGACAGAGGGGGAGAGGCAGGCCAAGAACGGCCAUGCUGCAAGGACAGAGGGGGAGGGAGGGAGGCAGGCCGCCUCCAGGAACAGCCACAUAACAGCCUACAGUGAGGAAAGCUCAACAUGUGAGCAGCAGCCCCAGUCCCCUGGAGGUCUAACCCUGGCCCCCCUGCACUCGGCCCCCCUGUGCCUGGCAGACCCCCUGGCAGUGACCAACUACACAGAGACAGAACAAACUGGGAACAACAACCACCUCAAGUUGGCAAUCCCAGAGGUGAAUGAGGACAGAGGUUGGGACACAGAGAGGAGAGGACAUGGUCUUCAGGGACAGACAGUCUGCAAGAGGACCCGCUCCAACUCUACCAGUGUCCAUCCAUACUGGAUUGGAGACCUGGACACCAUUAUCCUGAAGACGCCUGAGCUUUGCGGGAGCAACACCCACGGAACCGUCGGUUUCUUUGGCAGCAGGAAGUCCCAGUCCCAGCAGCUGGAGUUUCCUCACAACCCCAACCAGCCCGUUCCCCGUCCCUCUCGCUCUCUUAGCUCCGCCCAUCUGGUCCACUCCUGCAGUAACGUCCAAGCCUUCAUCAUCUGUAACAUUGUGCUGAUGAAGGGCCAUGGCAAGGGUCUGGGGUUCAGCAUUGUGGGGGGCAGGGACAGCAUGUACGGACCCAUGGGUAUCUACGUCAAGACCAUCUUCGCUGGAGGGGCCGCGGCUGCCGAUGGCAGACUACAGGAGGGGGAUGAGAUCCUGGAGUUGAAUGGAGAGUCUCUACAUGGACUAACUCAUGAGGAUGCACUACAGAGAUUCAAACAGAUAAAGAAGGGUCUGUUGACUCUGGUGGUGAGGACCAGCCUGCGUGUCGGCGCCCUCUGUGGCCAGGCAGCGGUAGCACAGCUGUGUCGGUCUCGCUCUCUCAGCUCCAGUACUGGCAUGUCCAGGGUCAGCACUGAAAUGGGGGACUACAAUUACCUCAGUGAUGUCACCACAGCCAACACACACACCAACACCGUACCUCAGCCACCUUUGGCCAAACCCCGAGAUCGUGUCAUGAUGGAGAUCACCUUGCAUAAAGAGGCCGGUGUGGGGCUGGGCAUUGGGCUGUGUUGCGUGCCGUCUGGAGAUGGUUGCCGUGGCGUCUAUAUCCACACCCUGUCCCCUGGGUCGGUGGCACACAUGGACAGUAGACUCAGAUGUGGAGAUGAGAUUAUGGAGAUCAACAACACAGUGGUGUACAACAUGGUACUGAAUGAUGUGUACACGGUUCUGAGUCAGUGCUCCCCCGGGCCAGUCCAGAUCAUCAUCAGUCGACACCCUGACCCCAAAGUGUCAGAGCAGCAGCUGAACGAUGCCAUAGCCCAGGCUGUAGAGACCAGCCAACUAAAGCAGGACGCCAGUGAGUGGAGUAUAGACGGCCUGCGUAGGUCUGACCCCUGUUCCCACUCCAGAGGGAAGUGUGAGCGCUGUGUGGCGAGGAGCUUCAGCCAACUGACUGCCCGGCGAGCCCAGAAGAACAUGACCCGCUCCUGUAGUGACAGCAACACAUACAACCAGAACCACCAUCAUAACCAUCAGCACAACCGCUGCCCCGGACCAGGAACCAACCUGAUUAAUGGUCAAUCCCUGACUAUACCCAACCACAACAUGCACCAUAAUCUGAUGGAAAGGGUCCACAGCCUCGACAUCCCCAUGGGGUCCACGCCUGAGCCCUGGUGUGAUAACAGACUGUCUGCAUUGGUCUACCCUAUCCCUGAUGACGACUAUAACGUCCCCUACAACUCCCCAGCAGCCAACCUCUCCUGCCAGCGCACGUUAGACCUGGCCACAAGGGGAAAUAAGAACAGGCCCAAAGCCCUGGCACCUCCAAGGAGGUACUGCCGACACCAGGACGUCACUAGUGAGGAGGGGGCCCCUGGGGGCCUGCCAGACUCCAAUGUUUCCAGUAGAGGCUCCCCUGUUAGAGAGGACGGAUGGAGUCCCACACAUACCAACUGUCAGGAAGUAGAGAGUGAGAGAGAAAGAGAGAGAGAAAGAGAGCGAGAACACUCACGGGGAAGUGGAGAGACUCUCACCCACUCAGAGGCUCGCUCUGCUGCCAUCACCGACUGCCCUCGAUACUCAUCCUGCACAGAAGACAGACUACACACAGGUGCUGAAUCUGCCUUCCACCUCUGCUCCCAGAGUAAGAGGCCGGGCCUGAGGAGGCAGGGCCGCGUGGAGCAGCUCCCCCCAGAAAAGCUUCACGACCCCUGGGUUAGGAUCUCCGACAGCGCCCCUGAUCUUGGAGGUCCUGAAGACCCCCAUCAGAACCAGAGUCUGACUCAUCCGAGCACACACCGUCACAACACACACUCCCACAGUAGCACACACCAACAACAAGCACACCAUCUCAGCUCACACCACGACGCCACACACACUCCAUCCCAAACCGACAGACACCCCAACGACACACACUCCCCAGUCGCCAUGAGCCAACCGAGUGAGUUUCCCGAGCUUCCUGAAUUCAACUGUACUUCCACCCACCACACCGCCCCAGACCCCACCACCCCCUCCACCCCUGCCUCCCUAAUCUCCACCCCCAGCCCAAGGACUGAGGACCCCCCAGGGGUGAGGAAGGGCCCCCCAGUUGCCCCCAAGCCUGUGUGGAACCGUCAGAGCCUUAGGAGUAUUAGGAAUGGGAGGCCCCAGGCUGAGCUGGCCAAACCCCUGGACAUCAGAGGCGGUGGAACCACCUUCGGGGUACGUCUGCGGCCCACCUCCUCUACAGCCCAGCUGUCAAUCAAGCAGAAGAUCCAUUCAUUUGAGACCUUCUCUAGUCCUGAGGGUAAAGGUCAGGAGAUGGAGGGCAACAACAGGAGGCCCCUAGCCCCCUCCACUUCCCUCCCUCUGAAGGACAAGGCACUCGUCAGGAGUGACCCCCCUCUCUUAGAGGAGAAUGGCACAAUCCAACAUGACAUGGGCAAAGGAGCCAAAGUGACCUCUCCAAUCCCUGACGAGGACAAGGACAGGAGGAUGUCCUCUUUUCCCCCUGGAGCCUCUCCUCACUCCAUCCUUCCGCCCUCUCCUGCCUCCCACCCUUCUCCUCCUACCUGUUUUUCUCUUCUUCCGACCCCCCACCCUACCUCGGAGCUCCAGACCCCAGUGGAAGAGACAACAGACCCCAAUGCAGAGAUCUCUGACUCGCCAUCCCCCGAUGACACCACCACCUCCCCAUCCACCCUAGAGGCACCUCUCCCCGAGGCCGAAGCAGAAACAGAGCCCCUGGAUGGGGCUGUAGAGGCCUCCAUCUCCCCCUCGGGCCCGGUGCCCAGGAGGUCCAGCAGCUCCAAGGGAGAGAGCUUUGGUCCACUACAACCACCAGAGGAGGAGGAGGGAGACCAGAACCAUGCCCAGGCUCAGGGCAAGCAGGCCAGCCUGCGGACGCGUAGCCUGCCCCUGCCUACCUCUCCCUCCCCGGAUGGGUCAACAACUCUACAAGGACUGGAGGGAGAGAGCCUGGGGAAGAUACUUUCCUUCAGUAACCAGGUUUCCCAUGCCCUGAUGCGUUCCAUGCACUCCCUGCUCCCCUCCCUCUAUCCUACUAGGCCGGGUAACCCCGGGUCAGACCCACCCCCUGUAUCCCCUCUAGUCUGCAGCCCGGAGGAGCCUGACCCGGUCCAGAACACUCCCCUCUCCCCUGGCCCCAACAGCAAUGAGAAUAGCUUCUCUGUCAGCCUAUCUGAUCUGAGGCAGUGUACCAUUGAGCGGGGGGAGGAGGGAGGGGACCUGGUCUCACGCCCAUCUCCGUCAGCAUGUGCCCACUCUGUUAUCUCAGCCAUCCCUCCACAGGAAAUACAGACCAUGAUCCAGGAAGUGAAAGCUCUGGAUGAGGAAACACUGAAGCAAUUUGAGCACAUCCAAGUGGUGAUUCUGCACAAGGAGGAAGGAGCAGGUCUGGGUUUCAGCAUUGCAGGUGGGAUAGACCUGGAGAGCAAGGCUACCACAGUGCAUCGUGUUUUCCCCCACGGCCUGGCGGCUCAAGAGGGGACCGUGGAGAAGGGUGACGAGGUGCUGUCCAUCAACGGCCAGACACUAAGGGGUGCGACACACGCGGACGCCACCGCCACGCUGCGCCAGGCCCGCACCAUGAGACUGGCCGUGGUGGUGGUAAGCAAGGGGAGAGAGGGAGGAGGAGGGAACAAGACUGAUGAUUCCUCUGUCAGCAGUAGCAGUACAGACCUCAACCCCACAGUGGAGGAUGGGGGAGACAUGCUGACUGUGGAGCUGGAGACAGGAGGAGGGGGCGUGGGCUUCAGUUUGGAUGGAGGGAAAGGCUCUAUCCAUGGAGACAGGCCUCUGGUCAUCAACAGGAUAUUUAAAGGUGGUGCUGCGGAGCAGAGCGGGUUGCAGUCUGGUGAUGAGCUGCUGCAGGUCCAGAGCACCUCCCUACAGGAGCUGAGCCGCUUCGAGGCCUGGAACAUCGUCAAGGCUCUGCCUGAGGGUAACAUCACUCUAGUCAUCCGGAGGAGGAAGGAGGAUGAGGCAGAGGGGUCUGCCUGAGGGACAUCUCACUGUAGUUAACAGGAGGAGGAAGGAGGAGGAUACUGAGGAGUUACCCCUAGACACUGAUUUCAGGUCAGUUUACACUGUUUAUACUUAACUGAUGUCCAGAUACAAUAGGUCCCUGACUACCUACAGAGGUAGUCAGAAAGAUCUGAUCACAAUUACACUUCUUUAAAAAUGUGGGCACAAUCAGAAUGUGGACAAGAUCAAGACAAAGGACUCAUGUUAGCACCAGCUAUAAACGGAGCUAUUGAUUCUCAAGAUUCGGCCACAUAUUGAUUGUGGCCACAUUUAUUGACAUGUGUCCGCAAUUAAAAUAUCUAUUGUGAUUGGAUUGUGAUCAGAUCUUCCUGAUCACCACCGGAGGUAGUCAGGCACACAUGUUGUCUGGAUAUCUUCCAAGUGUAGACGGAUGUGGACAGGGAAACCAUUUAAAUCAUCAUUAUCCCUCUAAAAUCAUUGACAGGUGGCGCCAUCGUCUUAUGGCAUCAAUAUGUGUCUUUAAAUAAAGAAAAUACAUAUUAUUUUGAAAGAAUAUCUGUCGAAUAAUUUGCAUACAGGGAGGAACCAGUCAAUCUUGGUCACAAUGCGGAAACAGUGGACGGAUAAGAGACACAUUUUAAUACAAUAUGUAGAUGCAACGGCAAAAAUGUGGCCGCUAUCAGAAUGUAGACAACGGCCUCGAUUCAAUCCGUAUCGCUGAAGUUUAGCGUUAUAGGGUGAUUGAAAAUGAAAGGUAAUUUCCGAUUGAGCCUACACAUGGAUUUACCGUGAAUGCAGUCUCCGCGAACACAGGAACAUUGCUUUUAUAUUUCAAUUACGCUGAAGUGCAGGUCUUCAGUGCUACGGAUUGAAUAGAGCCCGAGAUCAGAGUUAGCACCAGGUAUAAACAGGGCCAACUAGAACACAAAUCAACCACAAGCCACCAUACCAUUUCAUAUGAGCACUGUUAACAUACUGUAGUUAUGAAUAUAACAUCUAUAUUCUAUAUCAAAUCAUAUUGCAAUGACAAUCAGGGACUGUUACUGUAGAAAGAGGUGAAUUUACAGGUGCUUUGCUCUGACUGCCUUCCUACACCCAGAACUUCUAGACCAGGGACCACAGUGAGUUUGAGAUUUGCACAGUAAUACAGUAUUUACAUGAAGGAAGGGAGAGACAUUCCAUUGCUUUUGACUGUUAGAAAUAGUGUACAAUACUGUAAUGUAGUCCAAAAGAGUAUUAUACUGAUACAAAAUAUUUAAAAUGGGAUUUGAAUUUUUCAUGGAAUUGUAGUAUUGUAGUAUUGUGCUUGAUGUUGGAAUCAUUGUUUAGACCAAAGACUGUGAGUUGGAUUCAAUCCAUAUCGCGGAAGAUCAACAUCAAAAAGUCAAGUUAAUUUCCGUUUACCAUGAAUGCAGUCUCCGCGACCGCGGGAACAUUGCCUUUAAUUGUCUAUCGCACAAUAAAGUGGAUCUUCAGAGCUACGGAUUUAAUAGUCCUUAGUUUGUUUAUUAGAUGACAAUGGGAGAAUCUCAAUUGCAUAGUGCUCGCGUCCUCUUUCCUUCUCCACACCCAUUGGAUGAGAAAGCCAGAGGUCCCGCCCCUCUGACCUUCUCCAAUUCGUUUUGAGGAGGCCAGGUGAGAGGAUGUGAGGAAUAUCUAAUUGAGAUUCUCCCUAUGGGUGAAACCAAAGAUACAACUAAACCGGAGCAAAUUUUCACCUUGUUUUCUCUCCUAGUUUGAUAUUAAGGAAAACACAGGGUGUGAACAUUUUGUACCAAAAUCUAUUAGAAUAUCGAUAUUUAAAACUCUGUGUAUCGGUACUAAAGAUUUAUCACAAUAUACAUUAUACUAAUAAAAUAAUUUAACCCAA